CAUGAUGGGAGGGAAAGCACUAUAAAUUUGGUGCAGGAGAGAACAGCAGCACCCAACUCAGACCAAGCGUUAUCACUGUCAGCGCCUCAGACCCGGACUCACGCCUGCCCCAUAAUGGAUAUUCCCAUCCAGUAUCCAUGGUACCGCCGAGCUUUUCCACAUCGACUCUCUGACCUCUCCUUGGCAGAACCACUCACUGAUUGGCCACUGAUGUGGCCUUUCCCCUGGUCCUUACCCUGGAUGCGGUCUUCUUUCACACGCUGGUUCAACUGGCCUGACAAUGGACACAGUGAGAUGCACAUGGAAAAGGAUCGCUUUGCCAUUUAUUUGGAUGUGAAGCAUUUCUCCCCUGAAGAGUUGUCUGUCAAUGUCAGUGACGAGUUCAUCACAGUACAUGCCAAACAUGAAGACAAACAGGAUGACCAUGGCUUUGUGUCAAGGGAGUUUCUGAGAAAGUACAGGCUUCCAGCGGGCGUGUCAAGUGCCAAUGUCACAUCCAGCCUGUCAUCCGAUGGUGUGCUGACCAUCACUGCUCCUCGGUCAUCCACCUUGCUCGAGCGCACUAUCCCUAUUGCCUGUGAGGAUGGUUCAGAAAAACAGAAAAUGUAGAGCUGAGCUUUAUCACACCUUUUUUCGACACUAAUCCAAACUGCUGUCUGUUUAUAUAUUAAACUGUUAGAGUUUCACCAGUAAUUCAGUCCAUUUACUGUCUGACACCUUGUCUGCAAAUCUGUAAGUGUGAGUGACUUCUAAUAAAUCAUUUAAAUCACUAU